AAAUAAUCUAAGCUUAUGUCUAAUUCUAAUGAAAAUGAGAAGGGUAAGGAAAAAGAAGAGCAGUAUUAUAGAUAUCCAAAAUCCUUUUUAAAAGAUAUCUUUAUCACUUUACAUUCCUUUGAUAAUCCAGAGAGAGAUGAGCAUGAAGAAUUCAUUGAUAUCGAAAUGAAAUACGAUUUAUUUAGUUAUGCUUACAAAGGAGUAGCAGAUAUUGAGUUAAAGUUUAUGAAAAGCUCAGAAGAAUAUUUGAAAUUAAAAAGCAUUGAAAAAUGUAAAGAAACUCCAAAAUAUACUUGGAUGUAAAAUAUAUACAGAAAUAAAACAAUUAAUAAAGAAGAUGAUAUGUUAGCUUGUGAAAAAUGGGUGAUUGAUAUUAAUGGUUAAAGAGAAGUCUCCUAUGAAGUAAUAGUAUUAUGAUUACCAAUUUAGUUAGAAUUUUUUUAAUCGUAACAGGAUAAAUUUUAUUCAAUAAUAUACCCUCCUACAACUAUGAAGUUUUUUUAUUAUAUGUUUAAGAAUUAUUGAGUCA